AAGUUCCAGAGCCCCCCCUAUCGACCACCCUCCCUUCCGCAAGGAAGAAGAAGCAGAUGGAAGAGAGCAAAAACGCUCACAUCCCAACAAUCAGAAUAUAGCAAAAACCUCUCUCUCUCUCCCCUCCUCCUCCUCCUUCAGUCGCCGCCGGUACUGCAAACAGGAACAGCGAAAAGCUACCCCCUCUCUCUCUCUGACUCGGUCUCUGCGUAUCAGUCUUCGCCACCACUGGUGUUCGUAUCCCUUCGGGUCCGAAAGGUCGAGGGUUUUCUUUUUUUUGGGUCCAGGAGCGGCAUGGGGAUCGUGCGGUCGGAGGAGUGGCCGCGGGCGGAGAUAGAGGAGCUCCGCCGCAUGCUGCUGGCGUGCGCCGCCGUCCACCGGAGGAAGGACGAGGACGGGCUCGGGGCCACUCCUCCCAGGCCGGCGCCGAGGGACGAUGACGACGACGGGGACGGCGGUGGGAGGGCGGUCUGCGUCACCAGCGGGGUGUCGUUCCUCGGCCGGGCCGUGGUGAACCGGCUCCUGCUGCGCGGGUACUCCGUUCGGAUCCUGGUCGACAACGAAGAGGACGUGGAGAAGCUGAGGGAGAUGGAGACCUCCGGCGAGAUGGGGAGCGCCCGGAGCAAUUUCAGCGCCGUGGUGGCAAAGCUGGGCGACGUGCAGAGCCUCUGCAAGGCGUUCGAAGGGUGCGCCGGGGUUUUCCACACCUCGGCAUUUGCUGAUCCGGCCGGGCUCUCUGGCUACACCAAAGCAAUGGCGCAGAUAGAAGUGAAGGCGAGUGAGAGCGUGAUGGAGGCGUGUGCGAGGACACCGUCGGUGAGAAGGUGCGUCCUCACAUCGUCUCUCCUGGCUUGCGUGUGGCGAGAUACUGCGCGGAAUCACCUCUCCAAUGUAAUCGGCCCCGAUUGCUGGAGCGACGAGACCGUGUGCACAAACAAGAAGCUAUGGUAUGCACUAGGCAAGCUCAAGGCUGAGAAAAUUGCAUGGAAGAUUGCCGAAGAAAGGGGACUUAAGCUGGCCACAAUCUGCCCUGCUCUCGUCACUGGUCCUCAAUUCAUCAGCAGAAAUCCAACAGCCACAAUUGCAUAUCUUAAGGGGGCCAGUGAAAUGUACUCGGACGGGGUAUUAGCGACGGUGGACGUGACGAGGCUGGCGGAUGCGCACGUGUGCGUGUUUGAGGCGAUUAUCAACACCGCAUCAGGGAGGUACAUCUGCUUCGAUCGAGUGAUUGGCGGAGAAGAUGACGCAGCGAGGCUGGCAGGGGAAAUGGGGAUGCCGGUCGAUAAGAUCUGCGGGGGAGUUGGAGGCGGCGAAUCGUCCGCUCAACCGCGGCCGAGGUUCGAAUUGUCGAACCGGAAGCUUUCUUGCCUCAUGUCGAGAACACUACGGCCAUGUUACGAUGAGUCGAGCACGAUCUGAUUUAGGUCCCUUUUGCAAUGUCGCUCUGUUUGUUAUGUCCUGUCCAUGUAAAGGCUGAGAACGAUGCAGAAGAACAUGAAUUUUGCCGUUAGAGAUGAAAAGACUGCAUUGAAUCUGGAACGCCAAGAAAA